CCUCGCUCCUCGCCUUUUUCGAUUAGCCCAACAACAACCAUGAAGACCUUCACUUCUGCCUUGAUCGGUGCUGCUGCAUUGGCACAGUACGUCAAUUCCUCUCCUCUUUCUGGUGCUGCUGGACUAGGAUUUCCCAAUGUGACCGGGUUGGCGAAUCCUACCGUUCACGUUUCCAACGGCGGAUCAGCCCAUUGCGUCUCCGGCACCGUUAAGGUCAACGCAACAACUGACAAAAACCUCAAGUUCGCGUACAACUUGCCCUCUAAUCAGUCGCAAGUAACCCAGACACUCGUCACAUUGUGGUCGUCAGGCGGGGAUGGCUACCUGAAAUCCCUCACGAGCAGUACUCAGCGGGUCAGCGGCAGCUACGAUAUCGAGGCGACAUAUUGUCUGCCUGCAGACGAAACCUCAAAGACUACCAAGGUUCAACUCCUCACUCACGGCAUUGGCGGGGACCGCCACUACUGGGACUUUGCGUCGGGAUACAGCUACAUCGACACCGCCGCGGCCGCAGGGUAUGCCACAUUCCUGUACAACCGUCUCGGCGUUGGCGCAUCAUCAAAGGAAGACCCAUUGAAUGUCGUGCAAUCGCCACUUGAGAUGGAAAUUCUUAAGACACUGGCAAGCAAACUUCGCCAAGGUACCCUUGGAGACCGUGCCUUUUCGACUGUGGUGGGCACCCUCGACGCCGCAGUGCUGACGGGAUUUGCACUCGAUUCGAACGGACUGCCUGGUUUUGGCCUAGGCCUUAAUGCAGCAAUUGCGUCGGAAACCCAGCCGUACCGCUUCAGUGGACUCUCUGCUGGAUAUUUUGUCGCUGGGACGGCCGUAUCGAAUCAAAUUGCAUUUUCCUACGACCCGGGUUUUGACCCCGAAAUCUUAUCGCUGGCAGAUGCCACCAAGGGAAGCUUCACGCUGGAUGAACUUUUCACGUUAACCUACGUUGUCAAUGCAACAAGCGAAUUCCAAGGUCCCGUUGCGGUCGUUGCUGGAAAUGAAGAUCUGCCUUUUUGUAACGGAAACUGCAGUUCUCCGACCAAUAUCUUGGCUGGUCUUGUGCCUGCGCUGUAUCCGGAAGUAUCAGAGGCAAAGACUGCUACCUAUGUGGCUCCUGCUGUAGGCCACAACUUGAACUUGCAUUAUGCGGCACUGGGUGCUUUUGAUUUCAUUCAGGACUUUCUCGAAAAGCACAAUGUGUAA